CCCUUGCAGCGGACAGGUGACACCUUCCGUCUGAUUAUCCCGAGAGUUCACUGGUACACCUGCUUUUCAGGUGUCAACACACACGCAUGCUGAAGGAACGAGGUGAUUUGCGACUCACACCACAAAACCGCGGUCAUCCUCAUGAGACCUGCGGCGUCAUGAGAUCGGGCUACAUUUUCCUGCUGCUUUACCUCUUGUGGGGCUGCUUUGGGCCAUCUAGCGAACAAGGAGAGGCAACCUGCAACUCGACCACCCAGGAACGAGAUGCAGCCUCAUGCUUCCUCCAGUGUGUGGGUUCGCCUGCAUCAAACACUGGCCGGGAUCACAUGCGGAAUCUGAAAGGAAUGCUGGAAGCGGCAAUAGACGUUUAUACAUUCAUGAGAUCCAGCGCGAGGGGAGCGGACAUCAGCCUGCAGGGGGGGCUCUUUUUGGACCCUGACGCGGAGCCUCUCCACAAUGAAGCCCUGGUAGAGAUGUGGAUGGAGGUCAAGAUGAAACCGCUGUUGAAGUCAAUCAACAGACACGUCCUGGCCUGCCUCAGCACCAAGAACUUCAGCUGCUCCACCUACCAAACAAUGGUGAAGGAGCUCAGCCAGCAUUUCUCUGAGAUGAUUCCUGCCAGACAAAAAUGGAUCUACUCAUUCUUCAUGUAUCCCUACCUGUCACGAAACGGAGUCAAUGGUUGCGUGAAUUCAAACGAGAGCAGUGAAGAAUGGCUGAUGAAGAAUUUUGGAUCCUUCAGGGUCAUGGCUAGAAUAUACGACUUACCAGCGCUUAACAUAGUUUUCAGUGGUCUGGAAGUUCUUCACCUGCUGUCUCCGGCGCAGAAGGCUGAGCUGCUUUUGAGGCCCGAAGUGGCGGAUUUGACCAACGAAUCCCUCUCCCUAGUCUUCCACAGUUUGAUGGCAGAUCGCCCACCAGCCUACACCGCGGAUUCUGGAGGGAACCACAACUGGAACGAGUCUGGAUACCCUCAACCGACAUAUAGCCCGUAUUUACCUCCAUCCCCUCACAACACUCUCAGAGAGGUGAUCCAAGGCAUCACGAUGGCUUUCAGACCAAUCAAGAGCUUCGUUCAUAGUUUUGUCACCUUCACCAAACAGAGAAAUGUGUCGGAAAUAAGAAGCAGCACCCUGAUGCAGUUCCUGCUCAACUGGACUCUAGUGGAGAUGGCGAGUCACUACAGGCCCAAUCCGGCACCCGUCGCACUGGAGGCGCCAGAAUUGGACAAGAUGGAGGGCUGGUACCGAAGCGUCGUCCUACCCAUACUGCGGAGGUUUUCCCACGACGACGAAUACCUGAUGAGUGACCACCUCAUGCUCACCUUCCAACACGUGUUCUACUUGGAUCACAAUGCGGACAAUGGAACAGCCGACGUCCAAGAUGUUUGCAGCGUCACUCUUGAUGGAAAUCCUUGUGGGUUGACAGAUGCGGUGGGAAACGUGGCACGCAUUAUGCACUGCACAGCUCGUACCAACCUGACCAUGUCAGAGGGUAACAUCAUGAGACUGAUUUUGGAGCUGACGGAACGUCUCAAUUUACUGAUACAGGAGUUUGCCACAGCUAACUUCACUGAGGUGGCGUCUGACUUCCGGGAGAUCUUUAGCGAGGCCAACUCUCCCGCUCUUACUCAGGAAAACCUGCAAGACCCGCAAUUCGUCACCAUGUGGUUCCAUAUCAAGCUGUCACCCCUCCUUCCCAACAUAUCCGCCGACUUGCUCUCCUGCCUGAGCAACAACAACUUCUCCUGUCCCGCCUACCAAACCCUUGUUGCUCUCCUCAGUAAACACGUGAGCUACUUGGAUCCCCUUGCGAUGCACCACCAAAACAUCUACACGCACUUCAUCUACUCAUUCCUGUGGCGUCACAACAUGUCCGACCCAUGUUUCUCAGCUAAUAACAGCAAAGAAUGGCUGCGGAAGAAUUUCGGUUCCUUCUCACAAGUCGCUAACAUCACAGACUUCUAUAACCUCAACCCAAACUUCUUAGGAUUGGAGGUACUGGACCAGCUGACUCCAAGACAGACAGCCCAACUGAUGCUGCUGCCUCUCCCGACUCCUCCCGAGAAGGACGUCGUCGUCAGACAAGUGUUCGCAUUCCUGCUGGAGUCCCCCAGAGAGAGGAGGCUUCAAGAGGUCUUGCAUGAGCUGGUCUUGCUGGCUACGGAGGUCAGCUUUCCCUGUGCAGUCUACAAACCCAUUCUUGAGCAGUUGCAAAGAGUCAUAGUUUCUGUGCCUCCUGACAUGGAAUUCCUCAUUCGGAAGAAAGUGGACCAACUCAUCCAAUUCACGCCGGAAGAGUGUGUGCCUGACAACAUCAAGUGCUUGAUGAUGCAGAUCAAUGCGACAGACGUCUGCAAGGGAAUCAACAGCUCCGACCUUCAUUUGGCCCUGAGUACAUCUGCGGACGUCCCCUGCAACUUUACCUUGGAAGAAUACGCGUGUGCACAGCUGCAGAACUUCACGGCCAAUCAGCUGGCGUCUCUUCUGUUGUGUAAUCUGCCCAGCAACAGCAAACGUUCUGUAGUGCUAUGGAAGACACUGCUCAAUAAUAUUUCCCCCAUCUUGGAUCCGGCUUUGGACAUCCUAGCCAGCAUGCCCGAGAACGCAAUCGGACCUUCGGCGCCUGAGAUUCUGGAUGUGAUCGGUGAGAUCCGCGUGGCGCUGCUGAGCGACAGUCAGCUAAAGAACGGCAGCGUCAUCGCUAAGUGGUUUUUGGGGCGUCUGAAGGGCUUCCUGCCAAGGGCGUCUGCCAAUUUCCUACGCUGUCUGAGCCACAGGAACCUCAGCUGUCAAUCGUACCAGCAAAUCCUGGGCGUCUUCAAGCAACACUAUGACAUCAUCCCGGAGAGGCAGCGGAUUGUGAUCUUGCGGGACUUCGUCAUGAGUUUCCUGUCUCGUCCAUUCUCAAGCUCAGGUUGCCUAUUGGGAUUCAACAACAGUGCAGAGUGGCUGAUGGCGAAUGUGGGUCCAUUUUCCCAGUUUUUGACCCUCAAGGAGAUUCUGCAGCUCAACUCUGAGUUCAAUCCUCUGGAGGCCCUGCCUCUUCUGUCUUCACGGCAACGGGUAGAGCUGCUGUUCACUCCGCUACCCGCUCUCCUUGAGACAGACGUCAUCAACGCGCUGUUUGAUCAACUGACCGACUCGCCCGAGGAAUAUUUGAAAAUCCCUGAAUUCCUCACACACCUUCUUGGUUACCUUCAGCCGCCGUUCAAAGGAAACCUUUCCUGUUCCUCAUACAAAACACUUUUCACAAGGCUGGACUUGGCCGUGGCGACUGUUCCUCUCCACGUGGCGUCGUCCAUCACCUCCAGUAAGGUGGAGCUGGUCGAGCUCGUUCCGCCUGGUUGCAUCAUAUACAGUGGAGAGUGCACUGUAACUCCAAUCAAUGCCACCGAGAUAUGUAUGGGAGUAAACAGCACAGCACUCCAACUCCAACUGGAUAGCGGGACACAAGAAGGACGUUUCUGCGACUUUGCCGCGGAGCAAGUUGCGUGUGCAUCGCUGGCAGUGCUAACAGCUCCGGAUCUGGCCAUGAUCUUUACAUGUAGCCGCUUGGCAAACUCCAGCGGCUCUGUACCCGUCUGGAAGCUCCUCCUCACCGAAUCCUUUCAUUUGCUGAACCAGUCUCUGGACCUUCUCGCCAACAUGACCUUUAACCCCCGGAAUCCUGCUGCCUCCGCGAUUUUGGACGCUAUCCGUGAAGUACAACUGGACGCCUUGCCUGGAGCAUACGUCAACGAUCCCGACCUUAUCGAGCUCUGGUUCAACCGCAGGCUUCGUCCAUUUCUCCACGCAGUAUCGCCUGACUUCCUGUCAUGUCUCACCACCAAGGACUUGAACUGCAGCAGCUACCAACACAUUGUGCAGGCUCUGAGUUACGUCCAGCCAAACAUGAGCAUCGCCGUACAGACGUCGGUUUUAACACGCUUCAUCAAGAUCUUCUUGACCCGCAAGGACACAGACGAUCCCGGCUGCAUCACCCACAGCAAAAACAGCAGCGAAUGGCUGCAGUUGAACUUGGGCGCCUUCUCCCACCUGGUGCUCAUCAGCGAGCUUAAGAUGCUUCAUUCCAACUUCUCAGCGUUCGAGGCCCUACCGCAAUUAACGGUGAGACAGCUGGCUGACCUGGCCUCCAUGCCGGAUCAACUCACCAGCCCUGCCCAGGUUGCCAUGGUGAUGAAGCAUGUCCCAGACCGGCUGCUGCCCGCCUUCUUUGACGACUUCUCGCCCUCUAUCAUGGGUAAUGAAAGCAAAUAUACCGCCCCAGUGAGGUCAGCCAUGUUGGAGGUUGUGUUCGAUCGUGCGAAGCUCUUCGAUCCAACCGUCAACGACUCGGUGGUCUCAGUGUGGCUCCUGGUUCGACUGCCCCCCCUGCUCUUCCAACUAUCUCCUCAGCACGUUUCGCCGUUUUUCAAAAUCCUGGCGGCCAAGAACUGCAGCGUCGAGCAGCAAGGAGUUAAGGGCCUCAAUGACACCAUCUCAAGUCUCAGUGAAGUCACACAGAAGGAAAUACACAACCACAUCAUUCAGACUCUCCAAGGACCAGCCCCUCUGCGUUGCUAUGGCAGCAACCAAAGUUACUACCUCUUCCUGGAGAGUUCAUUUAUGGGCUUCCAGCUACCCAACCUGACUACCUUCCUGUCCCUCAUUCCUCAGGACCAAACGAAACAGUUGGUGAACUCCAUAACUCCAUCCGAGCUUGGCGACUACCUCCGGCAGCCUGACAUCGUUGACAAAGAUGCCGAACUUUGCUCCAUCUUCAGCAACUACCUCAAGACACCCUCGUUCUUGGAGAAGGAGACACUCCCGGCGGCGGUGAGGAGGCCGACGCUACCCUGCGUCUGGCCUACGGCUCUCGGCAGUUCCACCAGAUCAGAUGUCAAAGCCUGGUUUGACCGACGCCUCGCUAACUACUUGAAUUUCCUCACAAGGGAUCUCAUCAAAAACGUCACGACAUACAACACCUCCUGCCUGGCCUUUCAGAAGUUUGUGUCGGUUCUUGGCAUGUUCAACUUCUCUGCUGUGGACUUUGUGAGGCGAGACGUGUUCGACACCGUCACGACCUACCUCAACUCAGCGUCGGAGCCGAAGUGUUACAACCCAAGCGACCCAGAGCUCAACUCAACAGCGUGGUUUGCCGAAUACAUCGGACCCUUCAUUGAAUUCAUCACUCUGGAAGAUCUUCUUACAUUCGGAUCCACAGAGGUUCUCCAGGUGUUCACGGUGGACCUCCAGAACAUCGCCAUCUUCAACCAAAUCGCCUUACCUGUCAACGUCACCAGCUACUACACACAGCUGUUAUACAAGCAGGACAGCAACUUCAACCCCUUACUCCUUCCUCUGCUGUUCCGCUGCUUCGUGCCGGGGAUGGCGUUCAGCCAGUUGUCGGCAGAUGAAAGCAUGAUAGUUCUGCACAACCUGACCACCCUGUGCACUGACCUGGAUCCGCUGGUGGCCUCUGCUUUGGCAGAUAACCUUGGCGACGAGCUUGACGCUGCUGCCAUCGUGGCCCUUGGCCAACAAAGCACCGCCAUGUCAGUGGGCCAGAUCAGGACGAUCGCCUCCAAAGAUCUACAAGAGGCCCUGAGCACAAUGAGCAAUGUGUCGGGCUGGCGUGAAGGCCAGGCCAGGGCCAUUGUAUUUGCUCUCAUGUCCUCGGGGCUCAUAGAGAUCAAGGACGCCUCGUCACUGUUGAUGCUGGGCUCUCUGGCCAUCGGCGUGCCUGCAAAUACUUUCGGCGACAUCGACGGAUCGCAGCUGAUCACCGCAUCCAAGGACCCGACGUUCCUGAUGCACUUCACAACCGCCCCACGGAUCAUCCAGCAGGUGUUCGUGUCGCAGAUCAUCUCAGUGAACAGCAAUAGCGACGUGAUCGUGGAGAACGUUCCAGACGAUUUAGCGACAGAGAUUCCCGGCUCUCUGCUUCUGGGCCUUAGCCCCAAUGAGAACGUUUUGUCCAAGCUCAACAGGAAGAAAUGGAAACACGAGCAGGCCGAGUUGUUCUUCGAUGUUAUCGCCAAUGAAUUGGCGACGACGGUGCUGGGAAGUGUAGACAAUUUGUCGUCGUCCGUGCUGCAAGGCUUCACGUGCACUUCGGUGAGGACCUUCAAAAAGUCGCAAGUCAAGAAGCUGAUCCAGGCGUGCCGCAGGAAAGGCAAGAACAAGGUGAAGCUGGUGGAGACUCAGCUAACCUGCAUGUACAACCACAUAAAAGGAGAGUCGGACGCCACCAGCUUUGCGCUUUACCCGCCGGAUGUGCUGCUGUAUUACAAUUACUCGCUGGUGCCACAGGCCAGCUGCAGGUCUUACUUUCAAGAGCUGGCAGAAGCCGACUUAUCCGUCUUCUCUUCGGUGCUCGGCGGGAUACCGAGCGUUCUGUUCGAUAAUGCCCGGAGGUGCCUGGGUAUCACCAACCCAAGCUUGACCGAGCCCGACAUAUCCGUGUUAGGAAACCUGUGUUGCACACUGGACAGCGCUUAUAUCAGCACCUCCGACGCAUCCAUCCUGGGGAAACUGCAGAACUGUGCGGAGCUCAGUGACGUCCAAGUCGCUGCAGUGGAAGCUCUUCUGCUCAGCGGGAACACGGAAUACGGUGCUUCAUCCAAUUGGACUAAAGCAACCUUGGAGGGUCUUGGAAUUUUACCUCUUUUCAUGACAUCCAACUUCUACGUCAACUUUGACCGAGAAACAAAGCGGAGUUUCUUGAAGGACUUGCUGAAAGUUCUCAGGGAAAACGGUGUGGACAGACAGAAGCGGAAGAGCCUCAAGAAAGAAAUCAGGAAGUCCAUUCCAAAGAAAGUCAAGCGCUCACUCGCGAACGAGUGCACGGUAGGCUACAUCACCCAGGUGACCAUCAGUGACGAGACCUUCCCCUUCGACUACGGCGACGUCAAUCAGUUCAACUGCUGCCUCAACGCCUCCACCGUCAGAGACAACCUGGACGGCAUCACGGACAAGGUGGACCAGGACGACUACCUCAAGAUCGUUCUGGAAAAGCUGCGAGAGGCGUAUGCAAACCACUCAGGCAUCCCGGAGGAUCAGGUACAACUCCUGGGACUUGCUUCACGUCAAGCCACCGUCGAUGAGAUCAACUUGUGGAACAUCACUCUGGUGGACACGCUGGCCUCCCUCAUGGAUUCCUCCGACGGGCCCUGGAACCCAAGCCUGGCUAAGCAGGUCAUCACCAAAUAUCUGAGUCACGACGGGAACACGCUCGGAAGCGCAGAGCUUGACGCCGUCGGACGAGACAAUCUGUGUUCCCUAGACGCUAAUGUCCUACAAACCAUUUCGGCACAAAGUCUCAGAAAUGCGAGCGUCUUGAAUGUGUCCAUCUGCACUCUGGUGAAAAAGCAAGUUCUAUUCAACAUCGCUUUCGAAGCUUUUGGAGGAACCACCCGCUCAACCGUUUCCAUAGCGGAGUACCAGCUCAUGAAGCCUUAUGUUGGGGGCGCACCACCAGAAUAUGUUAGUACUCUGGUGAACUCUGACGUCAACAUGAACCUGGAAACGUUCAUUUUGCUGUCUCCAUCCGUUGUUUUGGCCUUGAGUGUAGACGACGUUCGUGAUCUUCUCGGUACCCAGUUGCCAGACUUGAAAUUGUACGAAAACCAAGAGCUGGUGCAAGAAUGGAUCCGAAAGCAGAGGCAGUCGGAGCUCGACACACUAGGAGUGGACCUUCAAGGAGGCAUAGCUGACCCCACAGAAGCCCCCACAGAAGCCCCCACAGAUGACUCCAACCCACCAUCUUCCACACCUACGCCCAGCUCCAGUGGUACCCGUGUGAGAGCAGAGGCCGGCGCGCUCUCCCUUCUCAUCCUCGGCCUCCUCGUCACAUCUGUGUGACUGACUGACGCGUGAAUGGAUUGUAUCAUAUUAGAAAAUAUUGUAUCAGAAGAAUUCAGAGAUGAACCUUAACCCGGUGAUUCCCAACCAUUGAUCAUCAGGUGUACUGCGGGAUGUUAUACAAUUUCACUAAAUUGCUCGUUAAUAAUUACUUAUUAACGUCUUUGUUCAUCUAUCUAUGCCAGCAAUGUAUAGUGACAGGCAGGACAAUUAAAUGAUCUUCCACUAGAUGUAUCCUCCUGUUACCAUUCAUACAGUACAUGAGAAUAAUAGCUUUGUGUUCAAACUAAACAGGCCCAGAUUUCACAAGAAAUCAAUUUCUGAAUAAAUUGUGAUGACAUCAUCAACAUUUAAACACACAAUACACAGUAUUUUGUGUGACAUUUGUUUGGUGUGGUUAGAACGUUCUAAUGUAAAAUAUGUGCCUUGGCUUAAUAAAGCUUGCAAAACACUGA